AUGAUUCAUAUUUGUCUUUCUUUCUUUCUUUCUUUCUUUCUUUCUUUUUCUUUCUUUUCCGUUAUCUUUACCAUCACUUCUCUCUACUAUUCUUCCUUUUUUCUUCCCAUUAUCUUUGUCAUGACUCAUAUUUGUCUUUCUUUCUUUUCUUUCUUUCUUUUUUCUUUCUUUCUUUCCGUUAUCUUUACCAUCACUUCUGUCUGCUAUUCUUCCUUUUUUCUUCCCAUUAUCUUUGUCAUGACUCAUAUUUGUCUUUCUUUCUUUCUUUCUUUCUUUCUUUCUUUCUUUUCCGUUAUCUUUACCAUCACUUCUGUCUGCUAUUCUUCCUUUUUUCUUCCCAUUAUCUUUGUCAUGACUCAUAUUUGUCUUUCUUUCUUUCUUUCUUUCUUUCUUUCUUUCUUUCUUUUCCGUUAUCUUUACCAUCACUUCUGUCUACUAUUCUUCCUUUUUUCCUUCCCAUUAUCUUUGUUAUGA